AUCCAAUUUUCCUUCUUUCUACUCUAUUCAGUUCUAUCUUCCCCACUAUAGCCAUGCUUCCAAAGUUCAUAAGCCCCUUCAAGGUGGAAUCCCAUGAAGGGAAGCAUGUGAGCAAAAGAAGGAAGCAUGUGAGAUCAUUUGAGAGUACCAACAUGGAUGUUGGUUUGAGACUUCUCCCUCAAAUUACAACCUCAAAGAGCACAUCCAAUGUCCUCUUGAAAUCUGCAAUGAGAAAGACAAACCAAUCCAUACCUCAGGACUUUUGCUUCCUUAAAACUUGCAAUCUAUGCAAUAAGCAGCUCAGCCCAGACAAAGAUAUUUACAUGUACAGGGGUGAUCAAGGUUUCUGCAGUGUAGAGUGUCGGAACAGACAAAUAGUUUUGGAUGAGAUGAGAGAAUUAGAGAGUUCUACCAAGCAAAUGGUAGCAGCUUAUGGGCAAUGUUGUAGUGAGGCUCGACGAGAGACUCGUCUUAUACUUGAGGAUCUUCGAAUGCAGAGACUCAAAUCGAAAGUCUGAAAUUAAAUCCCUUGUAUGUAAUCAAAACCACUGGCAAUAAUUUUUGUGAAUCCCUUCAUUUUGUUCAUAAUUGCUUCAUAAGUAUGGAGCCUAGUUAAGAUGGGAAUACAUGUAUUCUGUACGAAACAUGUGUUCUUUUUUCUAUUUUUUUGACAAUUUUGAAAUAUUCCUAAUUCCAUAUGGUUUAAUUUUAUCUUUGAUAAGAAAAAUACUCUUAAAUUUUAUGGACAUUUAUGACUAUUUUCGGCUGUUUGCUAGAACGUGCCUUGUUUAUGGUGGAGACAGAACUGUAAUUAUAAAGGGAAAAUAAUAAGAUGAGGAUAAGGAGAUAUGGAAGAUUUUAAA